AAAAGCUUAGCUUUUGAAUGUGCUUAAGCAACUACUUGGAAGCUCACUCUUGCCAUGAGAAGUGUCCACGUUUCAAUUGAAACUCAUAAAUUCAUCAAUUUAUUUUCUCAUAUUUUUCUUCUCUAUAUAUACUCUUAACUCCCUCACUUACUUCCCCAAUAAUCAAAAUUACACAAAUAGAGAAUUACAAAGGAACAAAUUUGUUACUACAUACAUUCAUUACAUAUAUUGUUUUUUUCUUUUUUGUUGCAUGGGAGAGCCUAGUUCAAUGGGGAGCCAUGGCGCAGCAACAUCGAGCUACCGUGGUGUUCGAAAGAGGAAAUGGGGAAAAUGGGUAUCGGAGAUUCGAGAGCCAGGAAAGAAGACGAGAAUUUGGUUGGGGAGUUUCGAGACACCGGAGAUGGCGGCAACCGCCUACGACGUUGCUGCCUACCACUUCCGUGGUCGUGAUGCUCGUCUCAAUUUCCCGCAUCUUGCCAACUCUCUCCCUUUCCCUCUUAGCUCCACUCCUGAUGAUAUCCGUCUUGCUGCCCACGAGGCGGCGUUGCGGUUGCGAACAACGCCCGUUGUUGCGUCAGAGGGUGACGAAACUUUCGCCUCCCGUCUUGCGCCAGUCACUGUCCGAUUAUCGCCAAGCCAAAUUCAGGCGAUUAAUGAAUCGACGUUGGACUCUCCGAAGAUGUGGAUGCAAAUGUCGUCGGAGAGUUUGCUUAUGGAUGAGUUUUCAAAUGGUAGUGUGUUUGUUGAUGACAUGGACGAUGAGAUGUGGGAGAAUAUGCAUAAUGAUUCAUUGUGGGAUCCUUAGGAUGAUUGGGUAAUACUAUUUUUCUUUUUCUUUUUUAAUUAAAAAUAGAAAAAUGACACCAUUUUUAAAAUAAUAUGAAUUUGGGUUGUGUGUUUAAUUAACUAAGUAUACUUUGACCAUAAUUAAUUAAUUAGAUUAAGCAAGGUGAAUUUAUUAAAAGUAGGUAGUUUAGUUAAAAAAAUUAAUUAAUAGGAAAUAAUUGAUUUGGAGUCAAAUCAAGGAAAAGGGUUCUUUAUCUUUUUUUUUCCCGUUUCCUCUUUUUAUUGAAGAGAAAAUUUAAGGUCUCGUGAGUAAUUUUUUCAAAAAAAAUUAUAAUAUAAAUAUCAAUUUAAUUAUUAAAAAAUAUAUUUUUUAAUUUCUCUCACAUACAUUCAACGAUCUGAAAAGUGGUAGUGUUGCACUUGGAGAUAUGGAACAAUAAAAUGGAGAGAUUGAGUAUGUUUUUGGGUGAGAGCCAAUUUGUGUCAAUUCAUGGAAAAGGAAAAGGAAGGGUUUUGGUGAACCCAAAUUUGGAUCAUGGAAUUUGGGUCUUUUUCUAAUUUUCUUUAUGGAUUAUUGAGGUUGUGAUGAAGAUAUAUAACUUGAGACAUCAAUGGGGCCCAUAUGAAUCACACUUGUAGUUAGAAUAUUGGCUACCUAAUAGCUAUGUAUGUGUGAAAAAACAAAGU